GAGCAUUGAACCGUGCAUUUACCGUACUUUAGGAACUAAUGUUGUACAGUAUAUGGCUUUGAAAAGACUGACGCGUUCUGAGGAACGUGUAGUACGACCAAAGGAAGUGUUUACAGCCUGGAGGUCCAAGCUUAGCAAGGCUCUUAUAGCACGUUCUAUCUUUAAAAGCGACAUAGGCGAUGCUUGGGUGCAAAAUAUCUUAGGCAGAGAUAAAAUACUGAACCACCAAUUACAUCAAGCCACAAGUGCACUUAGGCCUACUGUCAACAUGUGGACGUAAAAGGCAUCAAACUGCAACAGCUUGCUAAAUGAAGCUGGAAAGUCAAUACCCUCAACUACACAGUUGCGCUGUUUAUUUUACCGUAUCAUUACACAACUGACCAAUCAGAUGAAAGCUUCUUGCUGACUAGCAACAGAGCGAACGAGAGUAACCCACCCCCUGAUUGGCAGAACAGCACGGGUGGUUUUUAAACGAACAGCCGAUUCGUCAAAACUCAUUAAAAAUAGGAUCUUCAAGUUGUCACCUAGCGGUGACAGACCCGAUGAAUCAAGUAUUAAAGAUUGAAUUUUAAAAGUGUCUUGAGAUAACUAUCAUCUUCUGCCUAAGACCAGACAGUGUUAUUAUCUGCAGUUUUCUCAGAUAUGAAGACUUCAAUUCGCUAAUAAUUUGUAACCACUACAACAUGUAAUAGUAAAACAUGCGGAACUUUUAAAAGUAUAUCAAGAUAUUGGGGUGUUUUUAAUAAUUAUUGAGACUUUCUGCAAUUAAGACAUUGCAACUCAGCAACUAAGAAUGAAGACAAAGACAUCACAGGACGUUUCUUCCUCUAGGCUACCAGGACAACCGCGCAAACAUUUAAGAACCCCAAAAUGUGCCCGAUGCCGAAACCACGGCGUGGUUUCCUGCCUAAAGGGUCAUAAACGGUUUUGCCGAUGGCGGGAUUGUCAGUGUGCGAACUGCCUGCUAGUUGUCGAACGCCAGAGGGUUAUGGCUGCCCAGGUAGCACUACGCCGGCAACAGGCUAGUCUACCAGAAAAGGAUUGUAAACUUGGAAAGACGGAUAAAACAUGUACAGUAGGCCUAACCAGGCGAACUCAGAAGACACUAGCUAGAAGUGCAGUUUUAAGUAAAGAUGUUUUACAAGGUUGUCGAACCGCAAAACAACUUCGAGCUGCAACUAACGCAAUGCAAACUAAUCGACCAAUGUUUUUUCUUCCCCCGGAUGUGAGAGAGAGAAUGCGAAAACGUCGUGCCUUCGCCGACAAGGAAUUGGAAUCAACUAUGCUGGAACGCGAAUGCCAGUGGAGCUUCUAUUACACAGCGCAUGCUCGCUGGACGAAUCCCACAAUCCAUAGGGUCCAGCAGUCGUCCUCUGCCAGCUUGGCUUUAGAGCGACUUACUGUUGAACCAAAAGCUCACCUACCACCAAGAACCGCAGUCCAAAGACUUUUCCCUGUAUUGAUCCCAUCAGCAGUAAGGACACUAGAGAGUGGCCACCGUAAAGACGUUACGCCACUAGAAGGCGAGUCUAUUGCAUCCUACUCAGCUCGCGCCAAUGAAAAACCUGUGGCGCCAUUUUCGACCGUUUCAAAUUCCAUGUUGAAGAACUUUCAUCGGAAACCAGCACAGUUAUCUGGCAAGACAUGCCAUUCUGAUGUUAGCGUACACCAUUCAGUUUUACCUGUUCUAUUCCAAGACAAACAAACAAAUGAAAAUCGGGAAAUUUCAACAAGCAAGGAAACGCAUCAACAAAGUUUUGAAAAACGGUUCGAUCUGAGUAAGGUUAACAAGAUAAAGAACAUAACUAAUGGCGCGGCAAAGCCGCCGUCUCUACUGUCAUUUUCUGUGGAAAGAAUAAUAGGUUUAGUUAGUUAAUUAGUAAAUUUUAAAACUUAAUGCUGAUAUUUAUCGUAUAAUUCGGUUAAACCGGUUUAACUAGUAAAUGUAUACUACUUUAAAAAUAUAACAUUGUGUAAUCGAUCUGUCUCUCGCUCCCCUCUCCCAUUUAAGAUAAAGAACAUAACAAAUGGCACGGCAAAGCCGCCGUCUUUAUUGUCAUUUUCUUGGAAAGAAUAAUAGGUUUAGUUAGUUAAUUAGUAAAUUAGAAAACUCAAUGCUGAUAUUUAUCGUAUAAUUCGGUUAAACUAGUACCGUAAAUAUAUACUACUUAAAAAUAUAACAUUGUGUAAUCGAUUUAUCUGUCUCUCGCUCCCCUCUCCCAUCCCACCCACUAUUUUGAAUUCCUUGAUCCGCCACUGAGUUCUGGGACUAUGUCAAAAGCUUGACUACUAAAUUUUCCUCCUAACGUUUCUUCCGUGAUUCGGCUUUCUUCGGAUGGAGACACCAAUUUUUCCAAUUCGCAAUUCUAGUUUCCCUCCCUCAGUGAUUCUUGCCAAUCUAGUUUCCUCUCAAAUACUGCUCAAACCUUCCUUUUAAAACUCCUCUCGAUAUAUUUCUAACUUAAACGGUCUCUCUACCCCUUCGGCCACGACCAAUGAUUCCCUUAUAUUGAAUUAGUUCCCGUUGCCAUACACAUAGGCCUACUGUAAUUGUCCUAAUAGUUGUAUUGUAAAUGAUUUGUAUAUUGUAAUUAUAAUAAGGUACCGUAAUAGCAUAAGUUGUAAUUUUUUAAGAAUACAGUUACACAAUUUCAAUCAUAAAAACAAACAGUUUGACGGGAAGUAAUAAAUUUGAAUGCUGAGCUGAUAAUAAUCGAUAUAUUCUUUAUCAAAACGAUAGACCUAUUUGACAUCACAAUAUACCGUCGCUUACAUCACGAACUAACACAAUCAAAGUAGAUUAUGUUAGUUCGUGAAAUCAAGAAAGCGCGUCAAAAUACUUGCUGUUGUUGUUAAGGACUUUUUGUGUGGUAGAGAAUACAAAAUUGCUUGACAACCAAUACGCGCUCGUUUGGACGCGCUACUGUGUUAGUUCGUGAUGUGAGCGACGAUACGUUUCCUUUAAUCUGAUGACACACAGCUUUAUCUUUCUUUAGAAAAGAACAAUUAUCCAUAUGCAGUCCAAUUAUUAUUAUAUUUUACAGUUUUGGUAUUGUAUAUCUUAUAUAAUUUUUAUUUAAGUUACUUAUUGCACAUUAAAACAUCAAGAAAAAACAUAUAACCGUAGUAAAAUAGAUUGACUGAAAACGUUAUAUUUACAUAAAAUAUAAAAUUGCAUAAUUUAAUAAUAAUUUGAAAGUUUCAUGUUUCGUAAUUUUACAAUGUUAAAUAACCUAUUAUUAUUAUUAUUAUUAUUAUUAUUAUUAUUAUUAUUAUUAUUAUUAUUAUUAUUAUUAUUAUUAUUAUUAUUAUUAUUAUUAUUAUUUCAAAAAUCCCAGAGAUACAAGACACAGGAGAGCCAACAAGUUGUUAUACAACAGUUAUUUUGUCGAAUACUUAAUUUACUUCACUAUUAUAUUUAUUCUUCAACUACACGUAUUUGAUUACAUGAAUAUAAGUUGCAUAUUAACUGUGUAAGUCGCACUAUUAUAGAUUACACCACGAUGACGGAUGACGUAAGCAAAGAAGUAUAUAUUCACGAAGAUAAUAUAAAUAUCGGACAAUGCAUUAGGCCCCGUAACAUUGGAUUAGUUAAUUGGUAGCAUUAUCAUGUUUCUCUGUAUAGAAUUAGUCCGCUUUACGCACUUCACUUUGGCAGACAAUUGAAACUCAUCCUCAAGAGUUUACAUUCACUAAUUCUCCGCAAUUCUACGGAUUUGCCGAGUUGUAUCGUUUGUAUAUAAAUAGAUAUACGGUUACAAAACACAGUAAGGUCUUUAAAAAUAUGUAAAUAUUUCGUGUAAUAUAAUACUAAUUAAUGUAAUUGAUCUACUGUACAUACAGAGAUACAUUUGUGAUUUAUAUGUAAACUUGGUAUGGCUAGUGUAGACGCUCAAUUUCGUUGUAUAUCAUAAAUGUUAUAUUUAAUCCGCUGUAAAUUCGGUCCUCGGAUGACAUGAUUGAGGCAUGGGUGAAUGGCGGAUUAAUAUUGUUAAGUCGAAGUUGUGUAACGUGUAUGUAGCCCCUACGUGCGCUCAGAAGUUUUCUUAAUUC